UGCAUUUAUAAAUAGGAAAAGUUCUUCGUUUCUCAAUAAAUAUGUCAGAUCCUUAUGGAGAGCGUACUAAUUUGCCGCCUAUCGGAAAUGGAGCACCACCACCGCCAUUGAUGCCGUUGCCGCCAGGCAUGAGGCCACCUGCUCCUACAUUUUUACCAAAUAUACAGCAGAUUCCUCCACCACAACCUUGGCACAACACAGCUCCGCCUGCAGAACAAAAUACCAAUCAAGUUCCGCCACCACCUCAACAGCAGCAGCAACAACAACAACCGCCUCCUGUUAUCAAUCAAAGCGAAGUAAAUGGCAAUUCUGAUUCUGGAGAUGGAUCUUCCAAUGGAGAAAGUGUAAAUCAGGAUGGCAAAGAGAACACUAAAUGCCCUGAAGUAGUCUUACCUAAAGCAUUGGAAGAUGUGUUAGCACUAAAGGAUCAGAGAGCAGCCGAGUUUGAUGUAAAUACUGAAGAUUUCUCUAAUGUCGACAAUACUGUUCAGUCAUCUGGCAAUGCUUCGGGUGUCAUAAGUAACGAUUAUGCCGAUGCAGGAGAAGACUCUGACGAUGAAGGCGAAAAUCUUGUAAAUGGCAGUGCGCCAUCUAAACCAGGAAAGCUUAGUAAAGUCGAGAAGAACAAAAAGAAAAAACGACGCAAGAAGCUAAACAAGCAACUUAAACGGCAACAGGAGCAAGCUAGAGUAGAAGAGAAAUCUAAGGAGGGGGAGGCUGUUGCAGAAGAUGCCGAAGACAAUCCAGAGAAACAGAAAGAAGACAAUUCAGAAAAAGAAGGAAAAUCUAAGGAAAGCAAAUCCAAACACAGCGACAAAAGGAAAGAAGCUGAAUCUAGUACCAAUGACACUGAUGAUGUCGAAGCCUCAAAUGAAGAUGUUACCAUAGAGUAUGUACCGGAAAGAAUAACAAUUGCCGAUUUGGCACCUAUGUAUCGUCAGUUCUAUAGGGUAUUUGAGAUUUUCAAAUUAGAAAACAAACCCAAGGUUUCGGAAAAAGAGAAGGCAGCAGCUGAGACUGCCGAAGCAAAUUCCAAUCAGAAAAAGCCCUUAAGUCGAGUUCCAGAAGAAGAAGAGGAGGAUGCAGAUGAAGAUAAGAUUGAAGACAAGGAAAAGUUGUCAAAACGAAAGUUAAAGAAACUUACACGUCUCAGUGUGGCUGAACUCAAACAACUUGUCUCCAGACCAGAUGUAGUUGAAAUGCAUGAUGUCACUGCCCGAGAUCCCAAACUAUUAGUACAACUCAAGGCCUACCGCAAUACGGUACAAGUGCCAAGACAUUGGUGUUUCAAAAGAAAAUAUCUGCAGGGAAAGCGUGGUAUUGAAAAACCACCAUUCGAUCUGCCCGCCUUCAUUAAGAAAACAGGCAUUAUGGAAAUGCGCGAAUCGCUCCAAGAGAAAGAGGAUGCCAAAUCUUUGAAGAGCAAAAUGCGUGAACGCGUACGUCCAAAAAUGGGCAAAAUCGACAUUGACUAUCAGAAAUUGCACGAUGCCUUUUUCAAGUGGCAAACAAAGCCCAAGAUGACUAUACACGGCGACCUUUACUAUGAAGGCAAGGAGUUCGAGACACGCCUAAAAGAAAAGAAACCAGGAGAUUUGUCUGAAGAAUUGCGUAUAGCACUGGGUAUGCCUGUUGGCCCCAAUGCCCACAAAAUUCCACCGCCAUGGUUAAUCGCUCAGCAGCGUUAUGGACCUCCGCCAUCUUAUCCCAAUCUAAAGAUACCUGGUUUAAAUGCCCCCAUUCCCGAAGGCUGUUCAUUCGGUUACCACGCUGGUGGUUGGGGUAAACCACCUGUGGAUGAAAACGGCAAACCCUUAUAUGGAGAUGUUUUUGGAACAAAUAUUGUGGAUAUGGAUAAUGGCAUAGAUGAAGGUGACAUUGAACGCAAUCAAUGGGGUGAAUUAGAAUCUGAAUCGGAGGAGUCUUCGGAUGAAGAAGAAGAGGAUGGUGAAGAUAUGACUAAUCAACCCGAUGAGAGCGGAUUAGUAACUCCGGCUGAAGGCUUGAUUACGCCAUCUGGCCUAACAAGUGUGCCGACAGGAAUGGAAACACCAGAAAAUAUUGAAUUGCGUAAAAAGAAAAUUGAGCAGGAAAUGGAAGACAAUGAAACGCCUGUUUUGUAUCAUGUGUUGCCUGAAAAACGUACUGACCGCAUUGGUGCAUCGAUGAUGGGUUCGACACACGUCUACGAUGUAGGAGGUGUCAAACAGACAGCAGCGAGAACAACUGUUGCUUCAGGCCGAGAAGGUACGGUUGAAUUGGCAUUGGAUCCUUCAGAAUUAGAUAUGGAUAAUGAUGCAAUGGCUCAACGGUACGAACAGCAAAUGCGCGAACAACAGAAUCAUUUACAAAAGGAAGACUUGUCGGAUAUGUUGGCGGAACAUGUUGCUCAGCAGAAAUUCAAACGCAAGCGUCAACAAGCAGACCCAGCCAAGACAACAAAGAAAUAUAAAGAAUUCAAGUUUUAA